AUGAUGAACGUAGUGCAAUAUCCAUUGGUGAACCUUUUUAUACGUCAACAAAAUACUUUACCGAUUAAAUUAAGAUUUAAAGUUGAAUCAGUAAGUGAAAUAGUUCUAUCAUUAAUGAGUCAAGCUCAAAUAUGUCUUCAAUCAAACUCGAAUUUUCUUUCAUUAACUACUUAUGACCAAACUGUAUUAAUUAAUUCAACAUUAAAACAUGUUGCAGAUAUAAGUGUAUCAUUUACAUUGAGUCCAAAACAAAUUACAAAUCAACUUGAUCGUGAUAACACAUUUAUUAAAUUAAUACUUUCAAUUAUUGUUUUUUCAACAAUUAAUUAUAUAUCUAAAGCACAAUCUACUUCAAUUAAUUUAAUAAAUGUAAAACAAAUAUUAAAUAUUCAAGAUAUAUAUGUAGAAUUAGCAUGGAAAUAUUUAAUAUAUAGAUAUGAUUAUUAUCAAGCUGUAAAAUGUUUUAGUAAUGUAAUAAGAGUUAUAUUUAUAUCAACUGAUGGUAUUCAUCAAGCACAACAAAUAGAAGUAUGUAUUAAUAUGGUUGAUUCUCUUACUCAACAAACUGAACAAACACUGAACAUUAUUAAUUAA